GAAGAUCUUCAACUCUACACACGUAGAACAUUUUUCAUCAGGAUUUUCUAUUUCAUAAAUCGAAAUCUCUUAGAAUCCCAAAAAAUCCUCAAGAUGGAUAUCGUUGUGACUGAUGCCGAUGGUCUCCCGGAGAAGGCCUACGUCUCCAUCCGUAUCGGUGAGACGCGCCGACAGGGCCCCUACAAGCCGAAUGAAUGCUUUCACUUCGCUGCGUCCCAACACGCGACCAUGAAGGUCGAUAUCUUCCAGUACCUUGGUGGAACCAGCGUGGGAAUGUAUUUAUUUAUUACCCUUAUGCAGAUUCUUUUGCGUUUGCCCAACAAAGACGAAGCUACCAGGUCUGAAAAAUGAUUUAGUUGCAAAAGAAGAACAUUUCCUUACUUACAGAAUCCUUAAAUUGUGGUUCAUUUCCGCCACGAAUGUCUCCAGUGUGGUACUUAGUACUAUAAAAUGAAAAAUCAAUUAAGUACGAUUCUAAUAUCUAUAUCUCCUCACUUCCUUACAACUCUUUUCCCUUCCCCCUGCAUGUGAAACAACUCUUUGAUCUCCUAUAUCAGCUGCCUAAGAUUCGUUUUCCCCAACAUCGAUCUGAAGGUACAACUCUUUCAUCUCCUAUAUCAGCUGCCUAAGAUUCGUUUUCCCCAACAUCGAUCUGAAGGUACAAGCUGAAGAACGAUGAGGAGCAUGUGGAGGAUGUUGAGGUGAAUGGGAUGACCCUGAAGUGCAAGUGCGUUUAUCCCGAAGACUCUCCAGCCAAGAAGCGGCAAUCUCGCCACGAGGUCACUCUCAAAGCCACCAAGUACUUGGAUGAGCACGCGGUUCAGCAAACCCUUCAAGCCAUGAUCCGUGGACUACUGGAGAAACAGUACUUAGAUAUUGGAUUCUUCUGUUACAAAUUUAUAUCAGUUUGCUGGACAUAGUCUUUGUUGGUUUCAGUUCUUGUAGCAUAUGAAAUAGGUCAAAAAAAACUUUCCUUCCCUCUCUCCCUUCAGACCCGAGGAUGCUUUGGAGUACAUGAUUGGCUACAUGAACGAUAUGAGAGGUGUCAAGACCCUCUCUACGAUCGAAUCCAAGGAUACUGCAGACGCCACUCCCGUCACCCGCGCUCCUAGUGCUGAGGAGGCCAAGGAAGAAGUCAAGGAAACUACUGAGGCUCCGGUCAGGGAAGAGGUCAAGGAGGAGGUGAAAGAGGAAGUGAAGGAGGAGGUAAAAGAGGAGGUCAAGGAAGAAGUCAAGGAAGAGGCCGCGCCGGUUGAGGAGGCACCGGCAGCUAAGGAA